AGCACCACUGAAUCACAGUGUCAUCUUUAUGGCGCACUAAUGCUAACUUACACGUUUAGUUAAGAAUGCUUUUAUUAUUAUUUCAUAAUGUAAAUAGUUGAAGAAUAAAAAUAGCGGAUAUUUUACAUCAAUCAUUAGUACCCAAGUCAGCAAGCUGUCUGCUAACAUUUCUAAAGCGCAGCCUUUGUUACUCCGUUGUAAAUCAAAACAAUGACUUCAGCCUCUACCAAGGUUGGUGAGAUCUUUUCUGCAGCAGGAGCUGCAUUCACAAAAUUGGGAGAGCUGACCAUGCAGCUGCAUCCAGUGGCAGAUAUUAGUCCAGCAGGGGCACAAAUGAAAGCAACAGUCAAGAGGAAGAUUUAUGAAGAUAUUGGAGCUCCUUUACCCACUGAUUCCCCAAAGAAGAGUAGCAAGAAGGUGGCGGUUUCUAUGGCUCCCCCAGCCCCACCUAAAGUCAUUGCUGUGCCAUCCUCUCAGGUUGUGGUGACUGCGGGUUUACAGCGGCCAACCACAGGUCCAUCUAACAUUAAGUCAUCAAAGACAGCAGAUGUCACUCUCAGCGCACUGAAUGACUCUGAUGCCAACAGCGAUCUGGUAGAUAUCGAGGGCUUGGGUGAUAGUUCCACAUCUAAAAAGCUCAAUUUUGAUCAAGGGGAACACAAUAUCUGUAUUUAUUUUUUUCCCAGCAGAUAGUCUAAAUCUCGACUCCAGUCUCAUCAUGAAUUCCAGUGACUUGCCAUUGUUAUCCCGCUGAAAUCUUCUGCAACAUGCAAUCAGGAAAAGGAACUAAUCAUGUCACUUCAGUGCGGGGUUCAAGAAACUUGCGUUUUUUAAUCUGGAGACAGUUCUCUUUUUUCCAGGAAAGACUCAUUUCUAAGUUAAUAGUGAAGCUAGGCAUAUUUUACCAAUGAAGGACACAGUUUUAAGAGGCUGGCAAAUUUUGCUUAAUAAAUAUUUCUGUUCUGGGUCCAAAAUGUAUAAUUUUAAAACAAAUUACUGUAAAGACAUUAUUGUGUAAUUUUUUUAACCAUUAUCAAUAAAGUAUCAUGACCAUU